AUGGUAACAGGGCGGGAAAUACGGUUGCCGAUCAACGUUGCAACACCCAGACCAGCCGAGGUGAUGUUGACUUCGUCCGAGUACGUUUUACAGCUACGAGAGACUCUAACCGCGGCCUACCAGCUAGCUCGAGUGCACCUAGGUAACGCCCAACGGCAUCAGAAGGAGUACUACGACAAAAAAGCGCACGGUACUCCAGUACAACCUGGGGAACAGGUUUGGCUUAACUCCCCAACGUCGGUCCCCAGCAUGCCGACAAGCUCAAGCACGAACGCCAUCACUCGAGAGCAAAUGGACGAGACAGAGGAUUCUGAGAGUAUGAACCACCCGUUACGUAAACCCCCUGCGACCUCGACCCUCACUGACCUAUUUAUAUAUGUGACCCAACCCUCCUCUCUUUGA